CCAUCCACGAGGGGCCAACCAAACCAACCGGCAACCGCCCACGGCGGCCGAGCUCGAGGCCGCGCCCAUCCCAAUGUCACCUGGUAAUAAUCGCUGACGUACUAUUCGCCGGGGAUCUGCGCAGCUCCGCGCGGCGGAAGGCACCACCCAUCUGCCGUGCUUGCCCGCGGGACGGGUAGUUGUUUGUUUGUUACGUUGCGCUACCUCCUCCUCCCUUAUCUCCUCGCCCGUUUGCCUGACUCGGACGCCGGCCUCACCGAGUCACCGUCUCCCACAUCCGGCUUGUCCCCACGCGUGACGCGCCCACGACUCCUCCUCGUCGUCCUCUUGUGAUCCCCCGUCUCGCUGCCGCCUCCUCCCGACUUGCCAAACUCCAAUCCAACACGCCAUGCGCCCAUGCCCUUCGUGCGUCGAUACUCUAGUCAAGCAACACACUCGCCUUCUCCCUCCGACCUUCCAGCUCUAGCUCUGAUCCGAACCGAUACAGCCAUCCAAGACGCCCGCGGCCGCCGUGAGCGGGUGACCCUCUGCGCUGCAGCGCUGCGCCGGCGCCACCACCCAAAUGGAUGACAUCGCCAGCGAGGCGCCGGUGGGGGCGUUCGCCAUCGGCCCGUCCACGGCGCUGGGCCGCGCCGUCGCGCUCCGGGUGCUGCUCUGCGGCUCCGCGGCGCGCCUGCGGCACCGCCUGGCCGCGGCGCUCCGCGCCGCGCUGCCCGUCGCGGCGGCGUGGCUGCACCCGCGCGACAACACGCGCGGGAUCCUGCUCGCCGUCUGCGCCGUCGCGCUCCUGCUGCGGGGCCGACGCGGCAGGGCCGGGCUGCGGGCGAGGGUGCAGUCCGCCUACCGCCGCAAGUUCUGGCGGAACAUGAUGCGCGCCGCGCUCACCUACGAGGAGUGGGCGCACGCGGCGCGGAUGCUGGAGCGCGAGGCCGCCCCGCGCCGCGCCAGCGACGCCGACCUCUACGACGAGGAGCUCGUCCGCAAUAAGCUCCGCGAGCUCAGGCACCGGCGCCACGAGGGAUCGCUCAGGGACAUCGUCUUCUGCAUGCGCGCGGACCUGCUCAGGAACCUCGGCAAUAUGUGCAACCCCGAACUGCACAAAGGGAGGCUGCAGGUGCCUAGACUCAUAAAGGAAUACAUUGAGGAAGUAUCUACUCAACUGAAAAUGGUCUGUGAUUCUGAUUCAGAUGAGUUGCCUCUUGAAGAGAAACUCGCAUUUAUGCAUGAGACAAGGCAUGCCUUUGGUAGAACAGCCUUGCUGCUAAGUGGAGGUGCUUCAUUGGGAUCCUUUCAUGUGGGUGUUGUUAAAACCUUGGUAGAGCAUAAACUUUUGCCAAGGAUAAUUUCAGGAUCAAGUGUUGGCUCGAUAAUGUGUUCUAUAGUAGCAACAAGAUCAUGGCCUGAGCUGGAGAGCUUUUUUGAAGAGUGGCAUUCCCUGAAAUUUUUUGAUCAGAUGGGUGGAAUCUUUCCUGUGGUUAAAAGAAUUUUGACGCAAGGCGCUGUUCAUGAUAUAAGGCACUUGCAGGUGCUUUUGAGAAACCUUACCAGCAAUUUGACAUUUCAAGAAGCUUAUGACAUGACUGGUCGGAUUCUUGUUGUCACCGUGUGUUCUCCAAGGAAGCAUGAGCCGCCUCGAUGCCUAAACUAUUUAACAUCACCUCAUGUUCUUAUCUGGAGUGCAGUAACAGCUUCCUGUGCUUUUCCUGGACUUUUUGAGGCCCAAGAAUUGAUGGCAAAAGAUAGAUUUGGUCAAACCAUUCCUUUCCAUGCUCCAUUCUUAUUAGGCAUAGAAGAACGAACUGUUGCUCCAACCCGCCGCUGGAGAGAUGGGAGCUUAGAAAGCGAUUUACCCAUGAAGCAAUUGAAGGAACUAUUCAAUGUGAAUCAUUUCAUAGUAAGCCAAGCCAAUCCUCACAUAGCUCCGCUGUUGAGACUAAAGGAAAUCGUCAGGGCUUAUGGAGGCAGCUUCGCUGCCAAGCUUGCUGAACUUGCUGAGAUGGAAGUCAAACAUAGGUGUAAUCAAGUUUUGGAACUUGGAUUUCCUCUAGGAGGAUUAGCUAAAUUAUUUGCUCAAGAUUGGGAAGGCGAUGUUACAGUUGUUAUGCCAGCCACUCUUGCGCAGUAUUCCAAGAUGAUACAGAACCCAUCUUAUGCUGAGCUUCAGAAGGCUGCGAAUCAAGGUAGGAGAUGCACUUGGGAAAAGCUAUCAGCCAUCAGGGCAAAUUGUGCUAUUGAGCUUGCACUGGAUGAAUGUGUUGCCCUCCUGAACCACUUGCGUAGGCUAAAGAGGAGUGCAGAAAGAGCAUCCGCAUCGCAAGGAUAUGGUCCAGCAAUCAGGUUCUGCCCAUCUAGGAGGAUUCCAUCCUGGAAUCUCAUAGCAAGAGAAAAUUCAACUGGUUCUCUUGAAGAAGAAAUGCUUACAUCUCCUCAAGGACCUGGAGGAGUUGCUGGAACAUCUACCAGAAACCAGUAUCCUCAGAGAAGUGCACAUGAGAGCAGCGACAGUGAAUCUGAGAGUAUUGAUUUACACUCUUGGACAAGAAGUGGUGGCCCUCUUAUGAGGACAACCUCAGCCAAUAAAUUCAUCAGCUUUGUUCAGAAUCUUGAGAUCGACACAGAAUCCAGAACAAUUCCAUCGAGGGAAGACAUAACUGAUCUUGUGACACCAAAUGCUGGUACCUUGGCAGCUCAUGCAGUGAGUAGAGAAGCAAUCGAUAGGAGCUUGGACAAUUCAGCUUUAGAUAUCCAUGAUACCAGUACCCCUAGAUCGACAUUUGGCCCUUCAACAAGUAUUGUGGUUUCUGAAGGUGACUUGUUGCAGCCUGAAAAGAUUGAAAAUGGUAUUUUGUUUAAUGUUGUAAGGAGGGAUACUCUGCUCGGGUCUAGUAGUGGAGUUGAGUCUCAAGGAUCUCCUCGGGAACCAGAUGUUGAAACAGUACAGACGGAGUGCCUUGAUGGCGUGUCUACUUCUGAUGAUGAUGAUGACAAGGAACUAAAUGCCAUUGAUGAUGGAGGAACUAGUCCCAUGAGCAGAAAUAAUCUACAACAUCAGGGGUCCUCACUGGAAGAAAAAUUAUACCAUCCCUCUUCCUUAAAUUCUGAAGACGAGACAAACACAAACAAACCAGAAGCUGCAUCGAUUUUUGAUAUAUGUACAGAUAUGCAUCCGGCAUCUAUUAGCCUACCUGAAGGGUCUUCAGAAAAGACAGAACUGGAAACAACAAAGAUUCCUGAUGACAAUUCAGCUGUUAUGAAUGAUGAAGUUGCCUCAGGUGCUGGUAACUAAGAGUUGUCCUCCCUCUAGCUUUAAGGCAGAAAUGAAGAAUAAGUUAUUACUUUCAAGGAUAGAAUUGGGAUUCUAACAUCUAGCAGAAAUGAAACUGUACAACCUGGCAUUGAUUUCAACUCAGCGAAAACUAAUUCAGACAGCAGCAGUUGUCAUCUCAAUUGGAUUUGCAGAUGCCUGAUGACCAGAUGCUACCUCAGAGCCUGUAAACAGUGGAUACAAGAGGCACCUGGAUCUUCCAUGAACAUGGAUAUGCUCACACAGGAAGGUUAAGCAUCGAUCCCAUGGCUUGUUGGCAGUUUGCUUUAUAAGCAAACUGAAUUGUGCAAAUAACUGGCCAAGUAGGGGCAAAUUUUCCAAUGCCGAUGGUAUACUCAAUGGAAGAGUUGUCUUAUAAUCCUAAAGGUAGUGAAAACAAUGCUAAUGAGAUCAAGGAUGACUCCAAAUAAUUCUCUCUUACGUGAUGUGUGAUAUGAGAGCAUCAGUCCAUUUUAUAUGGUUUCCUUGAUACAUUGUCAUGUUAUGUGUAAUAUAAGGCUUAUGUACCCAAUUCUGAGGGGACUCUAUGCAGAGACUAUGAUAGGUUUUAUUUUUCUAAGUAUCAGAAGAAAAAGAACUGGCUCCAUGUCACUGCCUCCAAAAGACAGCAUAUGUUUUUUUUUCACGAGCAGGCCGUAGCCUGUUUCCAUUAAGAUCAGGAAAGCGUCAAAGUUACAUGACGUCGAUAA